AUGGCCAAAUUGUUGAUCCCCCCCACAAAGAUCAAUAUGAAGAUCAGUGCGAAUACGCUUGCAGAUAUAUGCUCCAAAGAUGUCCCUAAGGAGCAUAGCCCAGCAUCGGGCAAGGUCUUCAAUAUGGGGGUGGUCAUCUCGGAAGAGAAUGUUCAUAUUAGUCCCUGGACACACGCCAUUUAUGUUGGCGAGGGCGCCGCCAACGUUCUGUUCAUCCCCUUUUUGCAUACCAAGUUUGCGAGGCAGGACAAAAAGGACAGAACCGAAGACGACCUAUUGACCAAAUACCUCUUGAGAGUACCAAAGCAACCCAAAGGUGGUGACAAGCCAUUCUACCCGCCAAAAGAGCAGUGGUUUUAUUUCUGGACCACCAUUGCUCCUCUCUUUACCUUUCGCGCGGAUCUGCUGGCCGACAUGAAGUUUACAUUGCUCCCGAAAGAGGCGAUGACACACAUGCAGAACGUACUAGAUGCCUUGAACAAAGCACCACCAGGAGCGAAAAAGCGACCCGCCAAGUUUGAAAACAACAAAAUCAUGGAAGAAGGACGGGCUUGCUUGAUCGAAAGCAUGCGCGCGCGGAGCGCCGAUGAGCGCGUAGUCGAAUUUAAGCCAAAGUGGCUCGCCCAGUCGCCGUCUGCGCCGGAGAACGCCAACACAUGUCGCUGCUGCGCCCUCGCGGCCAAGAAGUUCAAAGACAGCAAGGACGCCGGCAGUAAUCCGCGAUAUUACCCAUGUCCCCUCUGGUUGGAUCCCGAGAGAGAGACGCCCAAGGGCAAGGAAGAUGUGCGCCAAAAGGCUCUCACCAGCUUGUUCCAGUACAGCAGCCUCGGAGACAACAAGCACGCCACUACCUUGUACGACCUGCUGAAGAAGACGCCUAUCCUCAGCUUGUUGAAGAGGCACCAGACCCAAAAGGACCCCCGCGGGCCUCUAAAUGCGAGCAAAAACGACUCGGAGUUUAGUAUCGCCAUGACGUUGCGAGACUGCUCCCUCUACAUGCGAUACCAGGUCGAGAAGAAGGGCACAGAGGAGACUGUGGUUGUGGACUCGUUUGAAGCCAAGCUUGCCGACCUCGACAAGAAGAAUGUUUCCUGGAAGUUCCAAGAGUGGCAGGACAAGGAGCGCGCGUUGAUUGACGAGGGCUGGUACACCGGGCGCGGAAAGAUGGUGAACUGCGCUCUCCAGAUUUGA